UGAAAUGGUCUGUUUGGUGAGAGUCAAGGGUCGAAAGUCCAAAAAUAGGUCAUCCCACUGCUGUUGACACUAGUUGCCUAGCUUGGUUAAGUUUCAAGAAGGCUGCUUCGAGUGAAAGAAAAUGGCAUCCUGGACUGCUAUGAAGAAAGAUGAGCUCGAGAAGCAAUAUUCACCCAGCCGGUGGUCGCACAGGAUGGAGGCAGACGACGUGAUCAAGGCCCAUCUUAAGGCUUUAAAGGAAGGUACAGAUCGUGCACGCAGCCUGACUCAAACUCUACUCAACGUGCCCUACGGAGAAGGUGAAGGCGAAAAACUGGAUGCCUACAUCCCCACCACCAACUCUCUCGAUUUACCUCUCGUUAUUUACAUUCAUGGAGGAUACUGGCAGUUUCUCAGUAAGGAGGAGUCAGGAUUCAUGGCAGUCCCACUCAUUGACAAAGGUGUGGUCGUGGUGGCAGUUGGCUACGACAUCGCCCCGAGAGGUAAUAUGGACCUGAUGGUCUCUCAAGUGCGCAGGAGUGUUGUGUCCGUCGUCCAACAGUAUUCUCAUAUCAGCGGUCUGUACCUGUGUGGCCACUCUGCUGGUGCUCAUCUGGCUGCGAUGGUCCUUUCCACUGACUGGUCGCAGUAUAGCGUCAAACCUCAAAUCAAAGGCGCUUUUCUUGUCAGUGGUAUCUACGACCUCUUGCCCAUCCUGUCUACCUACGUCAACGAGCCUUUGAAGAUGACAGAGGAGGUGGCCAUAAGAAACAGCCCCAGCAAGUUGAUUCCUCAGGUCAAACUUUCCUCCUCCAGCUGCCAAUUUGUCGUGGCCGUCGCCGAGUACGACUCGCCCGAGUUUCGCAAACAGUCUGAGGAUUACUACAAUACUCUGAAGGCAAAUGGGCUGAAUGUGACCUUGGAGGAUGUGUCGAACACGGACCACUUCAAUAUCAUUGAGCAGCUGGUCGAUGGAGAUUAUCACCUGACAAAGCUCCUGUUGAAGAUGAUGGUAAAGUGCUGAGGCGGACGUGUCAUCCAUCGACGCACCUCUGAGGAGACUUGUGCACCCAUUUGGAAACUGAUGAUAAUUGAAUCCCAGAAUCAGGUUAAACUUGUAUACAAAUCUUCACUGUAGUUACUUUUGUUUGUGUGUUGAUAUUGCAUCACCAUGUAAUAUCCUUAGGGGGAGUCUGGGCAAAUUCACUGGAUUCUUGGUUGAUGUAUGCUCUGGCACUUUUUUGCUCAGGACUCCGUUCAUAGUUUGAUCUGGCUAACAUUUAUAUUUUGUGCUGUAACAGCAGUGUUCAAGAUGGGCCUGAAAUGGCUGUAGUUUUGAAAUUGUUUGUCUGCACAGCCAUGCUUUGUUAGAUAUCAAGAACAGGCUGAGACACUUCAGGUUUAUCACUUAAUUCAGCAUGUUGCCAUUAUACUGUCAUAGUUUGUCGGAGAAAACAAAACACAAUGGCAAUAUAGAAUUAAAAUGCAGAGUUGAUGUACAUCAAUGACACGUGUCAUACAGGGAUUAAUUUAAUCACAGACUGUAUCUUUAUUGUAUAAUUAUUGAAUGGAGAUGGUCAGUAUAAAAUAUCUAUUUUUAAAUCAAAGGCUUAAAUAAAAUAAAAAGAUGCAUACAAUUA